AUGUAUCGUGUCUUGAAUAUUGCAGGCUUUGCCAUGGCCCUGGUUAGAGCUGCGAGUGCUGGCUUCAACCCUGGCUCUUCCUCCAACAUUGCAAUCAUUCCCCUUGCAUUCAUGAACGGCAUUACUCCAGCAAUCUCAAACUUCGCCAACGCUGGAAACAACUGCACCACCUUCAGUGACAAUCCUAACCUCUUGAACUGUCCCCAGAUUGCGAAUGAUAUAAUAACAUGCCAGAAGACUUACGGUAAAACAAUUAUCCUGUCUCUUGGAGGCGCUACCUAUACGCAGGGAGGAUGGUCUUCGACUACCGCCGCACAAAAUGCGGCACAGUCCGUGUGGAAUAUGUUCGGUCCAGUCCCCAGCGUCCAAACUGACCGUCCUUUUGGAAAUGCCGUUGUUGAUGGCUUUGAUUUCGAUUUUGAGUCGACCGUGAACAAUCUCCCGGCAUUUGGUGCUGAGCUUCGCAGCUUGAUGAAUGCCGCAACCGACAAGAAGUAUUACCUCUCCGCUGCGCCCCAAUGUCCCUUCCCUGAUGCUGCCGAUGGUACCACGCUUGAUAGCGUUGCUUUUGAUUUUGUCAUGGUACAAUUCUAUAACAACUGGUGUGAAACAUCAAACUUCCAGGUUGGAUCAAGCACUCAGUCUUCAUUCAAUUUCGCAACGUGGGAUAACUGGGCCAAGGGCAGCCUAAACCCAAGCGUGAAAGUCUUCCUCGGAAUUCCCGCCAAUUCCGGUGCCGCCGGUGCAGGAUAUACCAGCGGUUCUCAGCUUCAGGCCGCUAUUGCUUACUGUAAGCAAUAUAGUAGUUUUGGAGGCGUCAUGAUGUGGGAUAUGUCACAGCUUUAUGCGAAUAGCGGCUUCCUUGACCAGGUUGUUAGUGAUCUCGCGGCAUCUGUACCUCCUACAACAUCUCAGGCUACAACAACCACGUCUAAAUCAACAACCUCACCAGGAACAACACUCACCAAAACAACUUCGACAACUAGCUCCAGCUCUCCAAGUGGAAGUCUUGUUUCUCAGUGGAGUCAGUGCGGCGGCCAGGGAUAUACCGGUCCGACCCAGUGUUCCCCUCCGUACACUUGCGUCUCUGGUAGUCAGUGGUGGUCUUCUUGCCAGUAG